AUGGACAGGGUGCAGCAUUCUGUUGGCUGCCCUGCAGUUGACUAUGCAAGCAUGAGCGCUGAAGUUGUGAAAGCGUAUGCCCAGCAAGCGCAGGAGAUGGUGCAAGCAUGUGGAAAAAGCAAAGCCCUUUCCAGAUUGCAGCAAGCCGGAGCAGACACCUUUGCCGCCAUGCAGGAAAUAGAAAGCCAAGCAGCCCUAGGCCCUUGCCUGGAGGCAAGAAGUUGCAGGUUGCUGACGGAAAGGAGAGGAGUCAAGAAGUUGCAGCACGCAGGGAAGUUCCCACUAGAGCAUGCUUUGCUGCCUGAAACAGAACAGCCGAAGCAUUGA